AUGAAUGAAUGGGAGCUAAUUGGAGAUAAUCACUUUCAAGAAAUAGAAGAUACAAGAAACGCAGAAGAGGAUUGGGAGCCUAAGCUUGGAAUGGUUUUUGAUUCAUUUGAUGAGCUUUUACAAUACUACAAAAGCUAUGGGAGCAAAAGAGGUUUUGAAGCUAUUAUAAGAUCUUCAAGGAAAGGAGAUGAUGGAGAGUUGAGAUAUGCAACCUUGGCUUGUUCUUGUAGCGGGAAGUGGAACAGUAACUCUAGAAAUGCCUUUAAAAUGCAUCCGGUGACAAAAACUGAUUGUAAGGCUCACAUUACUGCAUCUCUACAUUCUAAUGGAAAAUGGAAAAUAUUGUCAAUUGUCAUUGAUCAUAACCAUGAACUUAGUAGUCCUGGAAAAACAAGAUAUUUUAAGAGCAAUCGAAUUAUACAACCGUAUGUGAAAAGGAAGAUUGAAUUGAAUGACAAGGCUGGAAUUAGACCAAACAAGAACUUCAAUUCCUUGUUAGUUGAAGCUGGUAGUGGUGAGAAUUUGCCUUUCCUACAAAAAGAUUGUAGAAACUACAUUGAAAAAGUUAGGAGGCUACGACUUGGUCUUGGAGAUGCUUCUGCAAUCCAAAAAUAUUUUCUGAAAAUGCAAAAUGAGAAUUUAAAUUUCUUCUACAUAAUGGAUGUAGAUGAAGAUGGUCGAUUAAAGAAUAUUUUAUGGGUGGACGCAGGAAGUAGGGCUGCAUUUAAAGAAUUUGGUGACGUUGUGACAUUCGACACUACAUAUUUGACUAACAAGUAUGAUAUGCCAUUUGGUGCUUUUGUCGGAGUUGAUCAUCAUGACCAUUCGAUACUGUUAGGUUGUGGGUUAAUCUCCAAUGAGGACACAGAGACGUUUGUUUGGCUAUUUCAAUCUUGGCUUGUAUGUAUGUUGAAUUGUGCUCUCAAGACAAUAAUCACUGAUCAAGAUAAGACAAUGCAAAAUGCAAUCGAGAUUGUGUUCCCUAGCACACGACAUAGAUGGUGUGAGGAGUUUGAAGAACGGUGGAAUAUGUUCAUUGAUAAAUACAACCUUCAUGAUAAUGGUUGGUUGCUCGGAUUGUAUAAUGAAAGACGACGUUGGGUGCCGGCUUUAGUUAAAGACACUUUCUGGCGGGAUAAAGUAGAAAAAGAAAGGGCGGCUGAUUUUAAAUCUUUUAGAUUAUGGAUCCCUUGCAUAACGACUUAUGCUAUUGAGAAACAAUUUCAAGAUUCUUAUACCAUUGUGAAAUUCAAAGAGUUUCAACGAGAACUAGCGGCUAAGAUCUAUUGUGAUUUAUCUUCUUUCAAAGAGACUGAUUCCUGUAUGGAAUUUAUAAUAGAAGAAGAUGUUGUGGUUGGAGAGACUCACCGUCGUGUUCCUUUUGUGGUUUGCUUUGAUGAAGCAACUUGUGACGUUCGAUGCAAUUGUCGAUUGUUUGAGUUUAGAGGAAUUUUAUAUUCGACAUCAAGCAAUGAGGAUGAUUGUAAUAUGGUGAUAGAAAUGAUCAACGAUAUGAAGAACAAAUUGACGUCGAAUAAAAGUGUUGGUGGGAUUGGUAAAAGACUAAAUGUGUCAACUAGUAGUAGAACGAAUUGUGAAGGUGUUGAUGAUACUACUAAAGAGGGGAGCAGUAACAUUCUUACUCCAUGGGCUAUGCGAAGCAAAGGUCGUCCUCCAUUAAAAAGAAAGCAAUUAAAGCUUGAACAAAUUGUUCGUAAAGUAAAAGAGAAGAAAUUGCGAAAGCAAUAA